AUGUCGGAUAUGAUAAAACGCCGCGUACCCAAUGAGGAACUCCUCUAUGCCACGGUAAUCUUUCAAAGGCUUGAACCUUUACUUUCUCCUCACGGCGUCGAGCCUUGGCUUGCCCAUGCCCAAGGGACAAAUACAUUUUUAAGUGAAUGCUAUUACGGGUUACCAAACAAUCCCUUCAUAGCCUCUAUAUAUCAGCACCAGCAGGUAUUAGGAGUUGCAGACCCUCUGUCAUCUCCAAACACAUCUGGUAAAGGACAACAAUCACCCACACAGCUCGACCGCGAUAGACCGAUAGGUGGAGUUUUUGAAGUUUUUACAGCAUUCAAGCUUAUCCUCAGCAAGUUGAAGCAGUUGGAUGCCUCUAACCAUGAAGCUUGUCAGAAGCUCUUCGAAGAUUUAGUUUUGCACAAGGACAAAACAAUCGCAUGGUUCGCUGGGGUAGCGCCAUCUCUCGGCGCUGAGCCAACUCGCUGUUCAAACUAUCUAUCAACUUGCGCAAAGUUGCCUUCGACUGAUGGGGUAUUUGGCCCCGCCUAUUAUUUCCCCUCGCUUGCUAGUGCGAGACUACAUGUUUUUUACUGGACAGCUUUGGCUAUCGUCUAUCCCAUGAUCUAUCAAGUAAAGGUGCUUGCAAUGGCGCACACUCAGAGCUUUGGUUCUAUUGACCAGACAGCCGACGAGGACGCUAUGUUCUCUUGGUAUUAUGCCGAUGAGAUCUGUCGGGGCAUUCCAUAUUGUCUGACAGACACGGAAAAAAUAUGGGGUGCGCAACAUGCCAUGUUCCCUUUGUCUCAGGUCUCCAAUGUUUAUAGCAUCCUCAGAUGGCGAGAUAAAUUCAUGUGGUGCCAGGGUGCACUCACUGCCAUCGAACAUCUCGGGUUUGGCCUCGCGGUGCCUCUGAGAGAAGCUGCUUUGAAGCAUUGGGUCCUUUUAGAGAACGCAAAUGUGACGCAUCCUUCCACCUGUCUCUUUGAGAGCUGA